GUUUAACGACGGCAGCAGUUUGCCGCGAUCAGCCUUGCCCGAACGAACGAUAUAUGCGCGUACACGUAAUAAUAUCAUAUUAUAUACCUGCGAGCAAACAACGCACUCACACGCACGCAAAGGCACACAAACGCGUCAUAAUAAUAAUAUCGUGUUAUUAUUUUGUACGGUACAUCGCGUAAUAGGUAUAUAAUAUUAUAUUAUUAUUGUAGCCGCGAACCGUAUCUAAUAUAAUAUAGCGGUCCGUCGGUCGUGUUACAGUGUCCGCGAGUGGAAGACGCACGCGAAUUCACCACCGCCGCGCCGAUACGUCGUCGCUGUGUUUGCGAACCGCGCGCGUCGAGAGUAUAAUAUUAUAGCAAUAUACUCCGCGCCGUUUGCGGGUACGCGCACCAGACCCAAGUGCCGGCAAAGCGGCUGCCGCCGGAAAACUGCAGCAGCGCGGCGCAAGUGUUACGAAAUAUCUGUAUACCUGUAUAUACAUGCCGUACAGUCGCUGUGCACAAAUAUUAUGUACGAUUGUCCGCCGUUACCGUCACCGCCGCAUUCGCUAACGCCGCCGUUGUCGCCGUCGUCCCCGCGGUCGCGAUCGCCGCUCCGCCGUCGCCUCUGAUAUCACGUACAGGUAGAUGUUCGCAGCGCAAGUGUGACAGCGUCGUAUUAUACAUAGUGUACACACGUGAAGCAACGCCGUCUGCGACCGCCCGCAAUCGUCGUCACAUCAUAGGUAUACAAUACAUAAUUAUUAUACCGAUAAACACAGGUAAAAGUACAAACGCUAACUAUGACAAUGCUAUCGUCGCAAAAACUUUUGUACUCCGAUACGGCGACCGCCGCGGCCGCGGCCGCAGCCGCUGCCGCAGCUGCUGUCAACGCGGCGGCCAUGUACGGCGGCAACUCGUCGACCACCGGCGCCGGUGGGGGCGGCGGCGGACCGUCGUCGACGCCGUCGCUGUGCUCGCCGCCUCCGCAGUCGCACCACCAACAGCAACAGCAACAGCAGCAACAGCAGCAGCAACAGCAACAGCAACAGCAACAGCAGCUCGUGUUCGGCAGCAGUGCCUCGGCCGCGGCUAACAUGCAACAGCAACUGUACGGCGGCAUGAAUUCCGCCGCGACCGCGGCCGCGGCUAUGUACGGUUUGAACGCGUCGGCCGCCGCCGUCGCUGCCGCGGCCGCAGCCGCUGGUGCCGGCGGAGACCCGACCGGUGCCGCGAACGCCGCGGCGUUACAACGUGUCCGUGCCGACAAGACGUACCGUCGGAACUACACUCACGCUAAACCGCCAUACUCGUACAUUUCGCUCAUUACGAUGGCCAUACAAAAUUCGCCGGUGAAAAUGCUCACACUCUCCGAAAUCUAUCAGUUCAUCAUGGAUUUGUUUCCGUUCUACCGGCAAAACCAACAGCGGUGGCAGAACUCCAUCAGGCACUCGCUGUCAUUCAACGACUGUUUUGUUAAAGUGCCACGGACACCCGACAAACCAGGUAAGGGCUCGUUUUGGACGUUACACCCAGACUCAGGAAACAUGUUCGAGAACGGUUGCUACCUACGACGACAAAAGCGUUUCAAAGACGACAAAAAAGACGCUUCGUCGAUCCGACAACACGGUGACGGCGGUGGCGGUCACCAUCAUCAGCACCACGGAGGUCAUAAUCACUCAAAGAGUUCGUCGCCCAUGCUGCAUAGCGGCGGCGGUGGCAGUCAACACCAGCUUACUGGUCAACAUCAACUUAGUGGUGGCCACCACCAUCAGCAGCACCAUUUAGACAUGGUAUUAGACAAAAAACCGUCAUCGUCGGUACCACCGUCAUCGGCGUCGUCCUCGUCGGUACUCGCCGCUGCUGCGGACCACCACCACCAUCUGCUGCAACUGCAACACCACCAUAAUCAAAAACUAGGUGCCGGUGGUGGCGGGCUCAUGUCUUCGGCCGCCGCGGCAGAUUUAGGCUUCGGUAGUGGCAUGCACCAUCAACACCAACAACACCAACAGCAGCAGCAGCACAGCAAACACCAUUUACUGCUACACCACCACCACACGCACGAGCACCAAAACAGCCACAACAACGGUAAUCACCACGACAGUGACCACGAUCACGUGCACCACAUGCACCAUCACCUACAACAACACGGUGGUGGCGACGAUGACUCGUCAUCGUCAAUGUUGGUUGGGUCGUUGCUGCAACAUCACCAACACCAGCAACAACAACACCAACAGCAACAGCACCACCACCAGCAGCAGCAACACCAUCAGCAGCAGCACAGUCCGGUGGACAUUUACGCCGCAGCAGCGGCCGCUGCGCACCACAACCACCAGCAGCAACAACAACACCAGCAGCAACAGCAGCAGCAUCAUAGCCACCAUCAGCAACUUCAACUGCAGCAACACCUCAAGUCUUCAGCAGCAGCUGCCGCCGCAGCCGCAGCCGCGGCCGAAUUCGCCGCAUCCAAUCAUCCGUUUUCGAUUACGCGACUGUUGCCGCCACCGCCAACGGCAUCGGUCGCUGCAGCCGCAUCAGCGUCCGACAAACCAUCGUCAGCUGCAUCCGUGGCCGCGGCCACUGCAUCGUCCGCGACCGCCGCCUCCGCCGCCGAGAAAAUGUACGAAAUGGCAGCGGCUUCGCAAUACGGUACUACGGCUGGGUAUAACGAUUACUAUCACCCACACGCACACCCACAUCAUCCACAUCACCACGGACACCCACAUCCACACCACCAGCAGGCGUCACUAUAUCACGCGGCCGCGGCCGCUGCAGCAGCUGCCGCAGCAGCAGCAGCUUCCGGCGGACCGCAAUCGUCCGGAUCGUCAGUAUCCGCCGCUGCCGCCGCCGCCGGAUCGUCGUCGCCGUUGUGACAUCACCAUCACCAUCAGCAGCUCCAGCAGCACCACCAGCACCAAUAUCCGCCACUUGUUUGAAAACGGUGUGGUCGAUCGUGGGCAACAACAGCGGCAGCAGCAAUAGUAAUUAAUGCAGCCGCGCUUAAUUUUUCUUCAAUAAUUUCCAAGCGUCUGUCGCGCGCGCAUGCGUGACUGCGGUACGCAACGAAUGUGUAAUUUUUAUUUUGUUUUUUUCUAGUAAUCUCUCGAGUACCUUCUGCCUAUAAACUAUUAUAUAUAUUAUACUCAUAUGUGUUUGAUACCGUCAUGUUUCGUUUUUAGAUUUAUUAUUAUUAUUAUUAUUAUUAUUAUUAUUAUUAUUAUAUACGUGUGUGUGUACAGUAUAUAUUUUAUGUUAGUGUGUACGCGUUUAAAAAAUUACAAAACGACUUUUUACGUUUAUCUAUAUAUAUAUAUAUAUAUAUAUAUAUAAAAAUUAUUAAUUUAUACAAAAUAGUAAUGCGAUGUGAUGCAAAAAUUGUUGUGCAAGUAGUUGCGUUUUUUCCCUCGUAAACAUUUAUGUAUGCAUAUAAUAUAUUAUAUAUUUAUAUAUUUUAUACAAAUAAAAGUAUAAUAUAUGUAAAUAUUGUGAAUUAUAUGUAUAUUUGUAAACGUAGUAAGCUGUACUAUUGUGAAUAUAUUGGACGCUCACUGCGGCCAGUAUAUAUAUAUAUAUAUAGGUACGUCGAGCGACUUACGAUCGUUUUCGCCGCGUUACCAUAUAGUAUGUUAAAAUAAUUAUAGAAUUAAUAUAUAAUAUAUAAAUGUACGUUGAAAAUAGGAGUUUUUUAUGUUACUUUUUUUCGUCGUCGUCGCGUGCGCGGCGACAGCGGUGUUAGCCGGGUCUUAAACGACGCCGCCGCCGCCGCCACUACACUAUACUAUAUAUAUAUAUAUAUAUACGCGUACGCACAGCAAACUGUUGUACUUUAAGUAUUUUUUUUAUAUACAUAUAUAUCUAUUAAUAUAUAUAUACAACAAUACAAUAAUACGAUCGAUAUAUGUACAUUGUACGUGUAUAUUUUGUAGUGUGACUUUGUCACAUUGCGAUCGUGUCCUAAAUAUAUGCCGUGUACCUAUAUUUUACCUAUAUAAUAUGUAAAUAUUUAUAUUAUGUGUAUAUUAUAUUAUAAAUAUUUAUCAUGUGUACGGUUUUAAGUAAAAUAAAUUCAA